AGUUUGCUCGUAAGGUGCACUUGAGUAGUUGUGGCCACUUUCAAGCCAUGGGAGCUGCAACAUCCAAGUACACCAAGUUCGGGGAGAGUUCCAACUACACCAUCCUGAUGCUUGGGCAGACGGGCUCCGGCAAGACCUCUCUGCUGAACUUCAUCGCCAGCUACAGGCACGUCCUGCGUUCAGUGAAUGAGGAUGACUGCGUGCUUUCGCGGGAGGAGCUGCAAAACUUCGCCCAGGAAAGGGUUUCGGACAUGACCUUGGAGCACGCGCUGGAGGACCAGAUGGCAAGCAAGACCUGUGAUGCCAAGCUCUACCAGCUGAGCUUGGCGAGUAACUGCCAUUUCAAUGUGAUUGACACGCCUGGUUUCGGUGAUACCCGAGGAAUGUCUGAAGACGAACGGCACAUCAAGCGCAUUUUGGCAUGCAUCGCGAAGGUCAACACCAUCAAUUGUGUGCUCAUCACUAUCAAUGGCAGAGAGGCCCGCUUGAAUCACACCCUCCGGUACGUCCUUUCUGAGCUCACCUCCAUUUUGCCCCAGCAGGUGCUGUCGCAAGUGGGGGUCGUGUUCACCAAUGUCGAGAGCAGGCGGAAGAUGAACUUCAAUCCGAGCACCCUGCAUGAGGUGGACUUGAAGGACUUCCCCUGCACCUACGUGGACAACCCCUUUGGCGAGGUGCUCGCCGCCGUUGAGGAGUGCCUUGCCGGACAGGACGCGCUCGACCGAUGCCUGCGGCAGGAGUUCACGCAAGCGGUGCAAGGGACGGCCAAGACCUUGCAAGACUUCUUCUGGAAGAUUCAUGACUUUGAGCCAGUGCUGUCCAAGCGCUUUGCCGAGCUCAACGAGAAGCGUGAGAUCAUUGAAGCAUUGAUGGCCAACAACAUGGAGGAGUGUGCGGAAAUCCGGAGGCUGGUGCAAGACUUGGAGAGGCACAAGGCACGUGUCCAGCAGAGCGGUGCAGUGGUUCCGCUGACACGAACUGUGCGGCUUUGGCGGAUGAAGCACAACAAGUUCAACUGGAGCCACUAUGUGUGUGCCCAGUGUGAUUGUCAUUCGAACUGCCAUACUUCGGCGGUGAUUUCCCCCUUUGCGAGCAUUUGGUGCUUCUUCCACUCGAGUGAUGUUUGUGACAGGUGCGGACACAGAUAUGAGAACCACCGUGUGACCAGAGCUGGCUGGGAAGCAGCGGAGCGGGACGAGAACAUCGAGUUUGGAGACACAGUGGAUGAGGCUGCCCGGCAGAUGGAAGAUCGCAUUGCCCAGGCGAACCGGACGAAGUUGUUUUGGGCGCAGCAGCUGGAGGAGGCUCUGGAGGAGUACGCCCGCCUGGGGCUUCGGGAUGCCUUCUUACGCCUCCUGCGGUCGCAGAAGGCGCUCUUGGAACAGCAGCUUGCAAGUGCACCAGAUGAUGACGCCUUGAAGUGCCUCUUGGAUGACGUUUGUAGACAGCUCACCGAGAUCGAGAAGGCGAGCGACACCACGUGCUGCAUUUGCUUUGACCGCUUGGCAGAUACGAAAUUGAGUUGUGGACAUCAGCAAUUUUGCCAUGAGUGCAGCAUGGCGUGCGGGACGUGCCCCUUGUGCAGGCAGCACGUUACCUCAGUUUCACCACGGGAGGCCUAGGCAGAAUAUAUGGGUUUUUCUCAGUGGUUGUCCCUUUGAGUCCCUU